GUCUUUUUCUGAACAUCACUUUGGAAAUUUGCGCUCGUGUAGUCCUGCUUUAAGCGGUGCUCACCUGCCGGGGCUGCGUGGCUGUCCGCGGCUUAGUAACUGAUUUAAUAGGAUAAUCAGACUUAUUUCCUCCUCUGAUUUUGCCUUCAUUGAUUCUGUCGACCAUUCCCCUAAUCACUGUCAUGAUUGUCUUCAUUUUCUUUUCUCUUGCUCUUUCAAAGUGACCGGCUGCAGGUGUUUUUAUGCUGUUUUUAUUGCGCCAGUCCAAGCUGGCAAUAUGUAAUUUUGGGAUAGCCGCAGCGUUUUUGGAGAAGUGGACUAUUUCACAGCUGCGAUUCCUUUUUUUCUUUUAAAUCGUUGAAGGCUUUACUCUGUAGACCAGAACAGAUCGUGAUACACCGUGAUGGUGUGGGGCUAUCAGAACUGACAGCACAGUGUACGCUAUCAUUUGGAAACUGCUUGUGGGACUGGUAAAAAAUGAAAGCUCCCAUUCCUCUUUUGAUUCUGCUUCAUGCCAUCGUGGUCCAUUGCCUGAAAGUGGUGUCGAAGAGAGGCUCAGUGGAAGGCUGCACGGAUUGGUCAGUGGACUACCUGAAAUAUAAGGUGCUUCUUGGGGAACCUGUACGGAUUAAGUGUGCUUUGUUCUAUGGAUAUAUCCGGGCCAACUACACCCAUGCGCAGAGCGCAGGACUUAGCCUUAUGUGGUACAAAAGUGCAGGACAUGGUGACUUCGAGGAACCCAUCAGUUUUGACGGCACACGGAUGAGCAAGGAGGAGGAUGCCAUAUGGUUUCGACCGGCAGAGUUGGAAGAUGUGGGGUACUAUUCCUGUGUAUUAAGGAACUCCACUUACUGCAUGAAGGUGUCCAUGUCUCUAACAGUGGCGGAGAAUGACACAGACCUCUGCUACAACUCCAAAAUGAGGUUCUUUGAGAAGGCAGAACUAAGCAAAAGCAAAGACAUCAGCUGCACGGGCAUUGAGGAUUAUCUGCAGCCAGGAGUGGAGCCUGAGAUUGUGUGGUACAAGGAAUGCAAGCCUAAGCAGUGGAGACAAACCAUAGAAAGAAGGAGGGACACUCUAUCCAUCAAGGAAGUACGGGAAGAUGACAUUGGGAAUUACACCUGCGAAUUACAGUUUGGGAACUUUGUGGUACGGAGGACGACUGAGCUAUCCGUCACAGCUCCCCUGACAGACAAGCCGCCAAAAAUCCUUUCCCCCUCGGAGAGCCAAAUGAGCGUCAUAGAGAUGGCAAUAGGAAGUCCCGUCAACCUGACGUGCAGAGCAUUCUUUGGAUACAGCGGAGAUGUCAGUCCACUUAUUUACUGGAUGAAGGGGGAGAAGUUCAUUGAGGAUCUGGAUGAGGAGCGGGUUCAGGAGAGUGAUAUCAAGACAAUCCGGGAACACCUGGGGGAGCAAGAGGUUUCCAUCUCUCUGACCAUUGGCUCUCUGGAGGAGAGCGACCUUGGCAACUACUCCUGCUACGUAGAGAACGGCAACGGGCGACGACAGGCCAACAUCCAGCUCACCAAGAAAGCAGAGCUGAUGUACACGGUGGAGCUGGCCGGAGGUCUGGGAGCCAUCCUGAUGCUCCUGAUCUGUCUGGUGACGCUGUACAAAUGCUACAGGAUUGAGCUCAUGCUCUUCUACAGGAACCACUUCGGCAGUGAGGAUAUAGAUGGAGAUAACAAGGACUACGACGCUUACCUGUCCUACACUAAAGUGGACCCGGACCAGUGGAGCCAGGAGACUCGAGAGGAGGAGCGCUUUGCCCUGGAGAUCCUCCCCGACGUUCUGGAGAAGCAUUAUGGGUAUAAACUCUUCAUUCCAGACAGGGACUUGAUCCCCACAGGAAGUUUCACCAAUGAUCAUUUCCAGGAUGACACAAGACUACUUAGAGCCUACAUCGAGGACGUAGCACGUUGUGUGGACCAGAGCAAGCGCCUCAUCAUCGUCAUGACACCCAGCUAUGUGGUGCGGAGGGGGUGGAGCAUCUUUGAGCUGGAGACGAGGCUGCGCAACAUGCUGGUGACCGGCGAGAUCAAAGUCAUCCUGAUCGAGUGCGCCGAGCUGCGCGGCAUCAUGAACUACCAGGAAGUGGAGGCCCUCAAACACACCAUCAAGAUGCUGACAGUCAUCAAGUGGCGCGGGCCGUCCAGCAACAAGCUCAACUCCAAGUUCUGGAAGCAGCUGCUCUAUGAGAUGCCCUUUAAACGCAUGGAGCCCCUGAGCAUCUCUCACGAGCAGGUGCUGGACGUCAGCGAGCAAGGCCCCUUCGGUGAGCUCCAGACCGUCUCGGCCAUCUCCAUGGCGGCAGCCACCUCCACCGCCAUGGCGACGGCACACCCGGACUUGCGCUCCACCUUCCACAACUCUUGCCACACCCAGAUGAGGCAGAAACAUUAUUACCGUAGCUAUGACUACGAGCUACCGCCCGGCGGUACGCUCCCACCGCUCCCACCGCUCACCACGCUCUCCACGCUGGGCAGCCAGCACACCUACUGCAACAUCCCCAUGACGCUCAUCAACGGACAGCGGCCGCAGUCCAAGUCGCCGCGCCAGCAAAGUCUGGAGGAGGCCCACGGCAACAACGCCAUGCUGCCUCUGCUGCCCAGAGAGACCAGUAUAUCCAGCGUCAUAUGGUGACAUAGACCGAGAGCGGGAUAAACUGUGGAUCUAUAUGAUGUCCGUCACAGGGAGGACCCACCACUGGCACUUGGACCCUGAACGCACCGGAGCCAGAUGGACCUGAAUGGCACUGAAGUACUUGCUGCUGUUGAAUUUGCACCAGGAAACAUCAGGGGGAGGACAGGAACACAUUGGGGAUGGAGGUGGUGGCAGAUGUUUUUGUUUUGGUCCAAUAAGAGCUUUUAUUGACACUGAACAACAACAAAAAGAAACAAGGCGAACUUUUUUAUGCCUGUAUAAACACUCACGUAACACAAGCCAACACCUAUGAUCAUUUACCCAGAAAGUCAAGGAAUACAGGGUCCUGUACAUAAGGUUUUUCUAAUUCUUUGUAGCAUCAGUGUUUGGGACUUGUUUCUUCUUAGGUUUUAUCAUCAGUUGGGACUCUUUAUUUGAAUUGUUUUGUUUCAGUUUGUACAAAAGUGAAGCAAUGGCCUGUGAGAUGUUUUGGAUAAUCCGUUGUUAUCUUUAUCUUAAUUUGUUGGCUGGUGUAGUAGUGAAGCUUUGGGAUUUUUUGUUUUUUUAAGCCGCAGCCUUCGGGGGAUGAGAAUGAUUUGGUUUUGGUUUUCCAGGAGUUUCAGCUCCAUCGGCUGCUGUAAAGGGUUGAGAAUCUGGACUCAACCUGAAUAUGCAAAAUAUGGAGUCCAGAGAGCAGGGAAAAGAAGGGUUUCACACAUUGAUCAUAUGAAUGGUUUGGAAGAGAAAUGGGAUAUGAAUAAUUUGGUGCUAGGCUUCACAAAUCUCUGUUUCUCUCACGAUAACAUUUACUUAAAAAAAAAAAAAAAACAGCCUUGCUAUUUACCUUAACAGAUGAUUAUAUCACCGAAAAAUUAAUUAUGUGUAUUAUUUUAUGAAAAAAGAAAAAGUCUAUUUUUGUAACUAAGGGAUAUGUGCUUUGAGAUAUUAUACCUAUACAAAUUUUGGGGAAACAUAAUAAAAAAGAACGAAGUGUUGUUAUGUGGAACUGCACAGCUCACACAAAUCAAUAGGUCAGUCACUAAAUGUCUUACCCUGAUAUUGCAAGAGAAAAGUGUUUGUGUUUUCAUCAUUAAAAAGAGGAGUUUUGACAUCUCAUAGAAACCACGGAUUGCAGCUCAGCAGGCUUUUUAUGUUUGUUGAUUUCACAGGCAUCGCAGCGAUUCACAGCUGAUUUAACAAGGACGGAGCGACGCUUUUCAUGAUGUCAGUACAGACGGAGGAGAGGAAAGCCAUGGAAUCCAGUGUUACCUGAAGCAUUUCUUCUACCUGGCUUCCUCUGACGGACCAACCAAGGCCGUCCAGGGCUAAUAUCUCUGUUAUUCAUUUCCUCUUAAACGACAGCUCUGUCUCUCUAUUUGUUUGCCAUUCCCCUCGUCAGCAGAAAUGAUUUGUCACCUGAGUUGUGCUCUUAGAUGAAUAACGUAGGGCUUUCACAUCUCGGCUCUGCUGCUUGGCACUGCUGUUGGGACGGGAAUAUAGGAAUAUACUGACCACAAUGAGCCUCAAACACCUUUAAACACUCUCUGACUCGAUGAUAAAGUCAUUCAUGUUUAGUUAUUAAUAUAAAAAAUUAACAUUUUAAAGGAUGUAAUCAUCAUGGGGCGUAUUCUCCUCAAAACCAAUAGCCUUUUAGAAAGAAACCCAGCCAAAUAAGAUGUAA